UGAAAAUGAUAUAAAGCACUUGAGAAUUUCGUUAAAUAUUUGGAUUUAAAUGGAAUUAUGAUACUUGUAUGACAUUGGAGGAAAUUCGUCUACCUGUUCAAUUGGAAAACUGUCGUUAGCUUAUUUCAUUGUUGAAAAUAAUUUGAAAUUAAUGGGUUGAUAGAUGUUGAACAUUAAGACCUGGACCGGUCGCUUGGCGUCAUGGAAAGAUAAGAGAAUCUUUUCUUUUGAGCAAAGUGUUGACAACACAAGGGAGGAUAUAGCGGACUUUAUAGUGUAUUCAUUUAGCGGAACACGAUUCGUUUAUACUUAUUUAACAAAUGUGAAAAGAAAAUGAAUAAUCGACGUUCUGUGUAAAUACCUAAAAAUGCGUCCAAUUGAAUAGGUAGAUUUACGAGGUUAUAAAAGCAGUUUUAAUCACCUCUUAUUAACCGUGAGGUUGGAUUUUCAUUUAAUGUUGGGAAAUGAAAUAUGAAAUCUGUCGAAUGCUUCUGAGUUCCAUGUGUGAAUAGAAUUAAAUAGGCAUUGCAGACAGUGUAAGAAAAUUGACACUUUCAAAGGAAUAAAUUUUCAGGUGCGUUUAGCAGAGACGUGACUGCAAUGCCAAAUUUGUAAAAGUGUAACUAGUAAUUGAGGAAAGAUUGUAGUUGAACUCGGGCCUGAAGGAGAGAUAUUGCAGUCACAGGAAAUUAAGUAUCUAACUAGCGCAGGAAAUAAUUCAGUCUAUCAGAAAUCAUUUCAGAUUUUGAUAAAGUACGUCUGACAAGUGCUUGGAUAUAAGUGCAUUAGUACAUGUACUAUUUCACCUAUCUUAAAAGUGAAUAAGCACGGUUAUAUCAUGAUACUGACUAUAUAUAAUUAUAUGAUAAUUACACGAGAUGAUUAAGAGCGCGUUGAACUAUGCUACAAUAGGUUCACAAUGUCAUCCCUGUGAUACAAUGAAGUUAACUAACGGCUCACCAUGACAGAAUUGAAUUCCGAGCUUGUAAUCCAAUAUUUGAACGAGAAUCCCGAUUUUCUCGAAAACUACGUGCUUUCCCACGUAAACCAGGAGAGAUUACAAAGAUGGACAGCUUGGAAGGAGCAAGUACGUCGACAAAGACACGGAGAGAAUCUCAAUGGAGAAAUAAUACCAGACAGAAAAGCGACGUUGUCUAAAUGGAAGGCGUCUAUGCACUCCAAGAAAUGGAGUCUUCUUCAGGAACUCACACGUGAUAUUCACACUCAUUCAAACAAAGCUCAGGUGCUCGCAGAACUUGCAAAUUGCAUAGCAACAGCAACGUCAGCGGAUGGACACAAUCUCUACCUCGUCGAUGACCCACAACAACAACUUCUCUACCAAAAACCUAACAAUAACAACAACAAGAGUGAGCUUGUCUCGUCGAUCAUCGGCUCUCCACGGUUAUCAUCGACACUUGCCGGAUAUGUGGCAAGUACAGCCGAAACUGUCCGAACAGGAGAUAUUUUAGCGGACGAUCGAUUUCCUGACGGGCUGGCUGUAGGCGGAGAAAAGUGCCAGUCGGUGAUGGGACUGCCAGUUAUAAAAGGGGACGGCACUCUUACAGGAGUGAUAGAGUUAUACCGGAAUGUAGGUGGGGGAAUAUUUACGUUAGAAGACGAGGAGGUUGCAAUCUCUAUGGUCAUGUGGGCUGACAUAUGUAUGGAGUACGUCGAGAUGUACAACUGCAUGACGAGACAACGGAAGUUAAAUGAUUUCCUUUUAGCAGUGACAAAAUCAAUAUUUCAAGAUAUUGUCAGCAUGGACACUGUAAUAAUGAAAAUCAUGAAUUACGCCAAAAAGCUAGUGAAUGCGGAUAGGGCAUCAUUAUUUUUGUUGGACACUACUACCAAUGAACUAUACGCAAGGAUAUUUGAUACAGGGAAGGUUGAUGAAAAUGUUCCCAGUAAAGAGAUCAGGUUUCCCAUGGAUAAAGGCGUCGCUGGUCACGUGGCGUCUACGGGAGAGGUGCUAAAUAUUGCUGACGCUUAUACUGAUAGGCGUUUUAACAGAGAAGUGGAUAUGCAAACCGGUUACAGGACGAAGUCAAUUUUGUGUAUGCCCAUCUACAUUAGGGGAAGUAUAAUUGGAGUGGUACAAAUGGUUAAUAAACUGAAUGGCACAUUCACAAAAUCUGACGAGGAAUCAUUUGAAACAUUCGCAAUAUAUUGUGGUCUCGCAUUACAUCAUGCAAAGCUAUAUGAGAAAAUCCGGAGGUCAGAGCAAAAAUACAGAGUGGCAUUAGAAGUGCUGUCCUAUCACAGUCAAAGCUCCGAUGAUGAAUUCCAAGUUGUCAAAUCCAUGCGAGUGCCAGACAAAAUUGCGAAUAUUACACAUUAUCAUUUUUCCCCAUGGGCAGUUACCGGGAUGGAGAAACCAGUUUAUGUUCUGUAUAUGUUCAGAGAUCUGUUUGGGCAAAUUGUCAGUAUGCGAGAAAAUGAGAAAAGACAGCAAAUGUCGUAUGUAUAUGACAUGGAUAGUCUGGUCAGGUUUACGUUGACCGUACGGAAAAAUUACCGUAACGUGCCGUAUCAUAACUGGGACCAUGCUUUUUCUGUGGCACAUGCUAUGUACACUGUAGUUAAAAGCUCCAAACACAGAUUUACACCACAAGAGUGUUUGGCAUUAUUUGUUGCAUGUCUGUGUCAUGAUCUUGACCAUCGGGGUAAAACCAAUGCUUUUAUGGUAAAAAGUGCCUCUCCGUUGGCGGCUAUCUACUCAACUUCAACAAUGGAACACCAUCAUUUUAACCAGACAGUUACAAUAUUACAGAAUGAGGGCCACAACAUAUUUAAGUACUUGUCUCCUGAGGAUUAUAAAAGGAUGUUGAGUGAUAUUAGAAGUUGCAUUCUAGCAACAGAUUUGGCAUUGUUUUUUGGCAACAAAGCAAAAUUAAAGGACAUUGCAGAUAGGAAUGAACUGGUAUGGGAAGACUAUGAGCACAGAAACCUUGUAAUGACACUAUGUAUGACAGCAUGUGACCUAUGUGCUAUGUACAAACCUUGGAAUACACAACUUGACCUUGUUUUUGUCAUCAUGGAGGAGUUUUGGCAACAGGGAGAUGAGGAAAAAGCCAAAAGUAUCACUCCGCUAGCUAUGAUGGAUAGAGAGAAGAAACAUGAACUUCCACAAUUAGAGGUGGGGUUCUUGGUUGGAAUUUGUCUACCAUGCUAUGACCUGAUGACUCAAGUGUUACCAGAAACUAAACCGAUGCAAGACGGAGCACUGGCCAACAUGAAGAAAUGGAAACAGCUUGCUGAGAAGCCACGGGAAGAGGUAGAGAAAGAUUUACGAAUACACAGUUCCGAUAGAAGACAUAGUUUAAUACAAUAUGGCGAACAUACGGAUGACGAUUCGUCAGACUCGUCAGACAAAAAUGAAGAAACUCAGGAACGUGAAGGCAUAGCAACGGAUGGUGAUACAGAAACUAGGUCAGUGAAUAGUGAAAGUCCGUCGAAGAAUGACGCAGAUGAUGAGCGAGAAAGCAUUGCUGAUUCCGUUCACGAAAAGUAUGAUGAGGAAAAUGUCACGAUGGGAGAUUGAAAACGACUUCAAAACUUUAAAAUAAAUAUCCCAUAGGAGAGCAUUAAACCAGUGGCGUUGCUUGAAAUAUUCUACAAUGAAAGAAAUUCAUGCGAUUUGAUAAAAGAAUUGAUAUCCCGAAGUUUUUGGUCUAUUGCCAUCCACUCUUUGUCUGCAGAGUAUUUUCGAAAUUAAGGGUUUGCUUCAUGUGUGGAAGACGAAGAUUGUUUUUGAAAUUAUUGUCUGCUUAAACGUGUAACCAUCGUUAAUUUUAGAGAACGCAUUUGUGAGAAUAUGAAAAUAUCUAAUAUUGUACCUGCUUUUUUAUAGUUUUUACUUUCUGAGCUAGGAAGAAUUUGCUAGAUCCAACUGCAUUCAGACACUAUUGCACACAAUAGGCCUACCAUGGUCCCCUGCGACUAUGACGAACCUCUGAUGGAUGAGAAUGCAUUCAGUGAAAUAAUCUUUUUUUUUUUUUUCAAUUCGGGAAAUGCAAAGUAUCUCUAAAGCUGGCAGGGCUUUAUACUUAAAUCACGCAUUAGGUAUAUACAUUUGGGAGACUUCACGCAUAUUUUUCAGAGUGACACCUUAGUGUCAUGUAUUCAAGACACCAUAACAGGUGUGAUGCUUUUUAGAAUUUUUAGAGAUAUUACGAACGCUUAUGCCAACGUUAAGGUUUUCAGGUCUAACCUCACCUCACGAUAAAUAAUGUUCUUUCAGGCCAAGAUUUGAUUUUGUAUUAAACAAAGAAUGAUAAGCAACAAAGUCAAAAAUUGUACGUCAUCCAGCGACAAAGGUCAAAAUUAAUAUGACCCAAAACUGGCAUAGUUUUGAUUGGAUGUCAUCAAUAUGUCAAUACUUAUCGAAAUGAUGUAUCUCAGAUAGUAUGGAUUUUAUCUUCACUAAACCUUUGUAGUGCGGAUGCGAUUUCAUGAUCGUUAUAAUACCCCCUCGUCUGAAUCCCAGAUAAUUGUUUUAUUCAACGACAAAAUAAGUGUUCCAGAUACAUUAUUUCUUUAGCAGUUUGGUACAGGACAGAAUCCUAUAGCCCAUGGCAAAAACUGGAAGCGUACAAAACAACCGGUUGCUGGAUCGCCAUAUUUGUUUGACGUCAUUUUUGACGUCAUUUUACCCUGUGUCGUCGGGUAAAUAGUUUGUUAUCGUGUAUAGAAUGAUUAAAACGACUGAGUAUUCGUUUUUGUAUUUAGUUAUAUAAUAAACAACUUAUUAAAUGGCAGUGUCGUGCAUUACGUGGUUAUAAAUACUCUUAAAAUCAUAUUGUCACUCAGGCUAUGCCUUCGUGCAAAUAUAGCUUAAGCCGUGAUAAUAAUCGCUAAAGGUGCGUCAUUGUCGUUGGUGCUUCUGCACGUCCGAUAAUCUGAGAGUCAUGUCGUAACAACAUUUAUACGGAUAACAUAGAAUAAAGCCUGGACCGGCUUACUAUACGGAAAGGAAAUUAUCGUACCUGCAUGUACAUUUGUAUAAAAGCGGUAACAUUACUUCCAUUUCUUAAAGGUAAAAAAGUGAUGAAAAAAUGUUGACACGUGAACGAGCAGAACAACUUUAGUAAGAGUAUUAGUCGUUUGGCAUCUGUUUUAUCAUUUGAGGAGGCUAUAAAUGUAAGAGAGGAAUUGUAUGCGAGGAACCAAUGUCACGUAAAAACCCAGACUUGUAUGUUCAUUAUUGCCAUUCCUGUUCACUUUCAUAAACAUGUAGAAGUAAAAGAUGAACUGAUUGAUAUUUAUUUGUUGUUCAGAAUAUUUAGUGGAUUGAUACCACAACAACUGUUUAAUCCAGAUUUUUGUAUUACAUGCAUAGCAUAUUUUUACAAUUUAUACCUUCAUUUUCGUAUAUAAUAGAAUUCUAUCAAUAUCUGUAAAUAUCUCUUGAAUUGCUAUUUAUAGUUUAUAUUUUUAUCUGUAUUCUGUUAAGAAUAUUUAUAUUAAUUAUAUUCUAAAAGUGGUUAAUCACUUUUUAGUUUUAUGAAUUAUCUGUUAGAAUAAACCAGUUCAUUUAUUGCACCAUGUAUUAUCCACUCUGUCUUGUCUACGAGGGGACAAGUAAUAGGGGAUCCGUGUUAAAUCGAAUAUCUUAGUACGGGUGUACACUAUAGAAAAGACUUUUCAAGAUUGACAUCGCCACGCCUGAAAAAAUAAGAUCUGGCCCCGUGUUCACAAAGCAUUUUUCGGUCUCAGCUGAGUUUGAGUUUGAAACUUUUAAUAUCAUUUUUACUAAAACUUCAAGCUUAAAUUCCAAAUGAGACCGACCAUUAAUACUGAAUAAGUCACAUUAAAAUAGUUAUUAACAUAAAAUUUAGUCUUAAACAUGCUAUUUAGAUAUAAAUGAGAAGUAAAAUUUCAUUAUCAAACUCAGCUGAGACUGAAAAUGUUUUGUGAACACGGGGCCUGGUUCUCAAAAGUGAAAUACAUUUUUAUGUUAUAUGUAAAACUAAUCAAGCAAAUUGCAUUUCAAGCUUUUGAGUAGUUUUAUCCAAGUUUUGUAUAUUCAAUAUUUUCACUUAGUGACGGCAAAAAUAUGUUUGGAUUCAAUUGUCUGCGUGAUAAACACUAAAGGGCUGUGUUGCUUUAUAUUCGGUUUUUAUGUGCCAAAGUUCAGUGUAAUCCCACGUUUUACCAAUUUGCCGUAUAAAUACUCCUGAUACUCUGACAAAUGUACUGGUGUAUUCUAACAUGCACAAACAGAAACUUGUUUAUGCUAUAGAAUUUUAUUUUAUUUCUAUUUUGUACUAUGAACGACAUGUAGUUGAGAGUAAAUACAGUCAUUGAAAACUGCAA